AUGGCGGCAGCUAGCAUUGCGAGACCUCUACAUAUAUCAGGUAGGCCACUAGAUGAACUGAUUGAGUCGGCAUCGCAGCAAAAUUCAACUGCAUUCGACCCGCUCCAGCACCUAUGCUACAAUCGACCCUCUUCAACAAUCAGCCUUCAUGACCUUGGCCUCGAUUUCCCGGAAGCCAGCUCACAAACGGCCAUCACUGCACCAUUCCCACUCCUGACUCCCUCUGGUGUUCGUGAGCUUCGUGCCGACAUCUUUCGCCCUGACAUUGUCGGCAAAUAUGGCUCGUGGAAAUAUCCUGGCGUCUAUCGCAUCCGCGGAUAUGGGCCGGCCGCGCCGUUCGCCUACUCCAUGUGGCGAAGUCCCGAAAUGCUGAGAGCUUGUUCCGACGCGGCUGGCGUGGACUUGGACAUUAUCAUGGACUAUGAAAUUGGACAGCUCAACGUUCAACUGCCGAAACAUGUCGACAGGAAUGGUGCAAUCACAGACAAUCUACCUCCACCAGAGCCGCCAAAAGCGACCAGCGACGAUGUUGAACCAGGUGAAGAGGGUGCGGAUCUCAAAGACCUUGUGUCUGCAUGGCACCACGACUCAUAUCCGUGGGUGUGCGUGCUAAUGCUAUCUGAUCCGGUCGGCAUGUCGGGCGGCGAGACAGCCUUGCGCAAAGGCGAUGGAGGCAUCCUAAAGAUGAGGCAGCCAGGUAUGGGAUAUGCCGUCAUGAUGCAGGGGAGCAUGGUCAAGCACGCUGCACUGCGGACACUCGGCAGCGGCGAGCGCAUCACCUUUGUCGUCUCGAUGCGCCCACGAGAUCCGAUGCUGCGGGACACCAGCACCCUGCGUACCGUCAAGCCCAUCAGCAAUAAUGACGAGCUGUUCCGACAGUGGGCGGACUAUAGGUUGAAUGUUGUGACUCAGCGCCUGGCUAAGAUGCGCGAUACCUUGCAGGCCGAGGAAAGGCCAGCUGCCGAGACGCACCGGCUAACGAAGGAAUGGGUUCAACAGCAGCUUGAAUAUCUGCAGACAACAGUGGAUGAGAUGGAUCUAAGUGAUUUUGUAGCCCCGAACUUUAAAUAA